GGGCCGUUAGAUGGGAGGCGAAUUCUUUUCCGUGAUUGGCUAGCUUUGCUGUCAAUCAAAGGGCGUUGGCGCCGGGAAUGGUUGGCGGUGCUGUCAGCCAGGCGGCGUCAGUGCUGUGUAGUUGUGGGAGUCGGGUAACGAAGACGUGGCUUCGGUAACGUCAAGGAGCUGAGGGGAUUUUUUAAAAAAAAUUAUAUUUAUAUUGUUCGCGCAAAGUAGUUUAGAUUUUCAGCCAUCAUGGGUCUGAGGAAGAAAAGCAAAAACCCCGCCGUCUUCAGUCAUGAGUUCGUGAUCCAAAACCAUGCGGAUAUCGUGUCGUGCGUCGCAAUGGUGAUUCUGCUGGGGCUGAUGUUUGAGGUCACAGCCAAGUUUGCCAUCAUGUUUAUAACAGUACAAUACAAUGUGACGUACACUGAUGUAGAUGAGGGAAAUGAUUCUAUCAGCUACUACGUGUAUGGGUUUAAAGACUUGGCCACCAUAUUCUUUUAUAUGCUGAUAGCUAUCAUUCUACAUGCUGUGAUACAAGAGUAUAUUUUGGAUAAAAUAAACAGACGACUGCAUUUGUCCAAAACAAAGCACAGUAAAUUUAAUGAGUCCGGCCAGCUCGCAUUCUUCUAUUUGUUUUCUUUUAUAUGGGGAGGAAGCAUAUUGACCGGAGAAAAAUUUACAACAGAUCCUACUCUCUUAUGGGAAAAAUAUCCACACACACACAUGUUCUUUCAGGUGAAAUUUUUCUACAUUUGCCAGAUCGCCUAUUGGCUCCAUGCGUUACCAGAGCUCUAUUUUCAGAAAGUUAGAAAGGAGGAUAUCGCUCGACAGCUGUACUACAUUUGCCUUUACAUAUUCCAAAUCACUGGUGCCUAUAUAUUAACCCUCCACAGACUGGGCUUGAUUCUCUUGGUGCCACAUUACCUGGUAGAGCUUUUGUUUCAUGCAUCACGACUAUUUUACUUCAGCGAUGAAAACAAGCAAAAAGGCUUCACUCUGUGGGCUCUGCUUUUUGUAAUGGCUCGCCUUCUCACUUUGACUCUGUCUGUCCUCACUUUUGGCUUUGGCCUGGCGAGAGCAGAGAAUCAAGACUUUUCAGUAGCAAAUGGAAAUUUCAACACACUGACUGUGAGGAUUAGUUGCUUAGCAGCAAUUUGUCUAACUCAAGCAUGGAUGAUGUGGAAGUUUAUUAACUUCCAGCUGAAGAAGUGGAGGGAACACGCUCAGAAUCAGAUCCCUAAAAAGAAAGUAGCUAAUACCAAGAACAAACCAUCAAAAAAGGAAUACAACAAGUCGAAUGCAUCUAAUGGAACAGUGAAGACAGAAGGUGGAACGUCGCCACGUGCAAGGAAAGCAAAAGCUUCAUGAAGUUGGAUUUUAAAAUGAGAGAUUUCUAAAAGAAAGAAAACUGUGAUAAUCUCAUCUAAACCACAAAACUUCAUUUUUUUUUGCAAUCAGAGUUGAGCAGAGAAAUUGAUGACUAAUCCCUUAUGAAAGGCUCUUAUGUUUAUAGUCUUAUGAAGUAAGAAAUGGUGUCCUAAACAGAGCUGCUUUCCAAGUUUUCAAAUGUUAAAGCUCUACUCUGAUAUGCAGUUUUUAUUUGUGCUUUCAGUUUUAGAUGGAUCUAAAAGAUGGGAAGGUGGCUGUGGUAAAUGGGAUGAGAGAAUUCAGCCAAUUGGAUGCAUGUACCAAAGGCUGUCAUGGACCAUGUUACCAGUGCAACAGACACAAAUUUUUUGCGUUUGCCCUAACAAUGUGUUCAGAGUCGUGCAGAAGAUUGUCUUGUUAGCUGGAGACUAGGCCAUCUCUCAUUUUGUUUCUUCAUCAGACUCAUUCCCUCCCCCCACCCUGCGCUCCGUGACAACAAAUGAGUUUUUUGUGCUAUUUAUAUUUGAGGGAUUGCAGAAACGUCCCAGACCCGAACAAACUGUUCGCACACAUUCAAGCAUGAAAUGUAACAGAUUUCUGUGUACUGUAUUUCCCUCAGCAUCAAAAUGAGAACUCUGCCUCACCCACCAUUUACUGUGUAACAGUCUCCUGUGUUACACUAAAGAUACUUUGACCUUAAGGAUACAAUGUUAUAUCAUUGAGUAAUGGCCAUUUCAUCGGUACAGAUGUCUCUAAUUAAACAUGUAAUUUCUUUUGCUGCAGAGCACUGCAACUCAUCUGGGGCUCUGCUGCCCAUUGGGGCACCAUAGGAUGUUUUUACAGAAUUGAUAAAUGCUGCCACUAAAAAUACCCUAACAUUUUGUGAAUUGUCUGGUUAUACUUUUAUAAUUUAAGGGAAACAGUCUGGAUUGUGUUUGACUUUCAUCCCUGAAGAUUCCCCUCAUAAGUUCUUUAUACAAGGGUCCUUGAUUUGAGUUGUAAAGAAUAACCAUCCAGAAACUACCAUGUUGCAUCAACAAUGUAACUCAGCAAACUAUAAUUCUGGGUGGGGGGGGGGGGGUUAACGUUAAUUGAGCAACACAGUCCAUUCUUAUCUGUGUUGUGUAUUCUUGAUCAUUUUAGUCACUUUAAGCUUGUCAGCAUAGUGCUUUGCCGAUUAGAUGCAUGAUGGGGACUGUGCCUUAACAUGACAAAUGUUGUCUACUUCUGUAGUCUUAAUACGACAAGGCAUCAAAGUAUAACCACUAUGUCGGCACUGUUGAUUCUUUCAUCUCAAACAAAAACAAACUUAUACCUUCUCAUGUUUUAAUAGUAUUUUUUAAAAAUUGUUUAUUUUAAUCAAAGAAAAAAGUGUUUUACUGUUCUAAGAUGUCAGAUCUGGAACUAGCUUGUAUCUAAUGACAAUUGUCACCAAUAUUAUUUUACAUGACAGAGUUGAGAGUUAUUCUAAAGCAGAUUAUUUUCCCCAAAACAUGCUUCAUUUGCAGUUUGUCUUGUCCCAUUAUGUUUCCUCCUAAGAAUCAAUUAAAUGUUUUUUAAAAAGCCCUUUCUCGCAAGACAUUCUUGUUUGGGGGUGGGGGGGAGCAACCCCUUUCAGCAACUCCUUAUUUUAGGCUUCUUUGACAUGUCUUAACUAAAAGAUUCUUUGCAGGAUUUUGUUUUUUGGGGGUAGUUGAGCUUGUGGCUGAUGGAACCUCCAGGUUUUGUGCCUCUUUGAAAGAUACGUCAUACUGAUCCCCACUUUAUGAUAAAGCUGUGUAAUGGGAAGGUAUCACUGAUUAAUUUGAUCAGCUUCUACUAUAUGCUCUGAUAAGCUUGGUCAAUUCUCAAAUUAUUAAAAAAACUAAGGUUCUCAAAACAGCUGAUAAAUGAAGGCUUGUGUAAGUACCUGUUUUGUCUUUUGCAAAAUCCUUCACAUUCAUACAUACUAAACAUUUGUGUUUGUGUGCAUUAAACCAAAUGAGCAUGCAUACACUCAGUUGUCCAGUUAUUGUAACAAAUCACCACAUGUACAUACUAAAUCGCCUUAUGUACAAGCCUAUACUGACUCAUUUGUAUUGAAUCACUGCAUCUAGACUUAAUCGUAACACAUUCUGCAUUCAGAACUCGUUGACCAUGUGCCAUAUUAUGUAUGUACACAAAAAACAAAUGCAAAUAAAGUAAAUUUGUGCAUACUCCAUCUAUAUUGAAUCACCAUCUUUGUCAUUUGUACAAAAAAUACUGUAUUCAAACACUUGUACAUUGCCACUGAGUGGAAUACCACUGAGUAGAAUAAAUUUACCUGUUUUGUCUUUCUAUAAAAAUAGGAAGCUGCAUUGUUCUUGUAAAAUUCUAUGAACAAUUCCAUGAAUUGUUUCCUAAAACAAAGUUUGAGAUAAAUCCCACUAUUUCAUACCAAUUAACACAAUGUGUUGGUGCCCACAUUGGAGCACAGUCCAUGUUUCUUUCAUCCUGCCCGCUGCUGUGAAUGUUGCAUGUACAAUCGACAUACAGGGAAGUAAAACUACUGUUGGUUUUUCUCAAGCUCUUGUGAUUGGAGUUGAGGACAACAUUUAUAUCCUGCUAGUAACAGCAAUGUUUUCAAACUAUUGUUCAAUCCCAGCUCUGACAAAGGACUAUCUAUGGGAAACAUGCCCUUAUUGAUGGUUGGAGUAUUUGCAUGUUGGCUUUAGUUGUAUUUUCUCUGUAGACUGGAAAAAAUAUGAUUACUGCUGCACUUUGUUAGUGCUUUAAGGAGACAGGACAUCCUGUGUGACUGACAGGAUGAGAAGACUUGAACAGAAUAUUGAUCUUAUCCUUGAGGAAAUACUAAAACUCCAAUGGGAUAUCUCAAAGAGCAGCUAUUUUCCAGCCUAUUUUCUUACAAGUAUAUAUAAAUUUAAUUGUCCCUUUUGGAAAUAAAAAGGGAGGCUAUGGGUAAACAGCAGCUUAAAUUUUAUUAUGAAAUAAAACAUAACCACUUAGAUGGUUAUAGUUAAAAUGAGAAUAGUCCCGAAUGUCAGAAGCUUUUCUAAACUCAGUCAUGUAAAUGUUAAUUUGUUUUUCUAAUACAUUUUGUGAAUCAAUGUAACUGUAACAGCUUGUUCCCGACACAUCUAUUUUUGUGUUCAGACAAAUUUAUGACCAGUGAAGUGAGGGCUUUUUUAUCCUCCACUGGUAAAACAACAUAGUUCAAGGUGACUUUUAUUUAAUUCUACAUGGUUUGACAUUUGUUAUAUUUAGUUCUGGGUUGUAGAACACAGUAUUGUGUUUUUUAGUUGCUACUCCAAACAUAUCUUCAAAUGCCAAGCUCUCUGUAAAUGUAUGUUUGGCAGCAGUGUCUUGCAAGUUGAAAAUACAUUUUGAAUCUGUUAUAAAAACCACUUUUUCUGUAAUUUGAAAAUAAACUUGUUGCCUCAUCUGUAA